UUAAAAUUACCAAUCAAUACUGCAAAUGUCCUGUAUCUCUUUGACCCUCUCUUGUUUUGAUAUCUGAGUUCUCUUUUCCUUUUCGUGUUUUCCUUCUAUUCUGUCUGAUUCCAAAUCUUUUUCCUUGUGCUUGAGAAUGGCAGAAGCUGCUGUGACUGCUGUUAUAGAAGUUGUAAAGUGCUUAAUUGGUCCGAUCGGGCGUCAGUUUAUGUACUUGUACAACUACAAAACCAACUUUGACAAUCUUGAAAAAAAAGCUGGAAAGCUGAAGAAUGCUAGAGAUGAGGUGAAGACUAGGGUUGUUGCUGCUGAAAAUAACGUGGAAAAGAUCAAACCGAAUGUUAAGGACUGGCAGGGCGAUGUGGAUUCCAUCAUCGAAGAAACAGACAAGUUGAUUCAAGAGAAAUCAAACAGCCGAUGUUUCAACUUGAUCUCUUGCUACAAAAAUAGCAGGACAGCAUGGAAAAGGAUGAACGCUGUAACUGAACUUCUGCAGGAAAAAGAAACAUUUGCUGAAGUUUCUCUUCCAACCACUCACGAAGUCAUUCGGCUCACUAACAAAGAUUAUGAGGAAUUUGAAUCAAGAAGGUCAGUUUUCAACGAUGUGCUGAAGUCAUUAGAUGAUCCUGAGGUUGGAAUUAUUGGGGUUUAUGGAAUGGGUGGAAUUGGUAAAACCACACUGGUCAAAGAAGUUGGUCAUCAAGCCAAGAAAGACCAGAUCUUGGAUGAGGUGGUUUUCGUAGAGGUAUCUGUUAAAACAGGUACUAAAAAGAUUCAAGAUGAACUUGCGACUCAGUUAGGCGUGAAAUUUUAUGAACCUGCGAAUCAAUUAAGUGUGAAAUCCGAUGAACCUGAGAAUCAGUUAGGCGUGAAAUUUGAUACGGAGGCUGAACGAGCGAGCAAGUUGUAUGCGAGACUGAAGAAUGAGAAGAAAGUGCUUGUAAUUUUAGAUAAUAUAUGGGAAAGAUUAGAUUUGGAGGCUCUCGGUAUUCCUUGUGGAGAUGACCGUGGAGGAUGUAAAUUAUUGCUGACAGCAAGAGAUCUUAAUGUAUUAUGGAGUAUGGAUUCUAAGAAUAACUUAUGGAUGGGUGUCUUAAAGGAAGAAGAAGCUUGGAGCUUAUUUAAGAAGAUGGCAGGUGAUGUGGUUGAUCAAACAGAUAAUCUGAAUUCUCUGCCGAAUGAUGUAUGCAACGAAUGUCAGGGUUUGCCAAUUGUCAUUACUACUAUAGCAAGAGCAUUAAGAAACAUGAGACUUCAAUCUCAAUGGAAAGAUGCCCUGCGUAAACUAAGGAAUCCUUCUCCAACAAAGUUUGUAGCCUUGCUAGAAGAAGAAUAUAAAAAUAUAGCAUUGAGUUACGAGUAUCUAAAAAGUGACGAGCACAAGAAAACUUUGCUAAUUUGUAGCCUAAUGGUAAAUGAUACUACCAUUUCAGACUUGUUCAAACUCAUUAUGGGUUUAGAUAUACUAGAAGAAGCUAACCUUACUAUGGAAGAAGCACGAAAUAAGCUAGAAAGUCUUGUCUGUGAACUCAAGGAUUCUUGUUUGUUGCUUGAUGGUUCAACCAGGGAAAAGUUUUCCAUGCAUGAUGCUGUUCGUUCAAUUGCCAUUACAAUUGCAUAUAGUAAUCAUCAUGUAUUUACAGAGCGAAAUGUCAUGGCGAGGGAAUGGUCAAACGAAGAACUGAAAAAAUGCACUCAAAUCUCACUUGGUGAUUGUAAUAUGAAUAGUGAUAUUUGGCCUCAAGAUUUGGAUUGUCCAAAACUUGAAUUUUUCAGUAUGAGGAUAAAGGGUUCCUUUGAAAUCGCUGAUAAUUUUUUUGAGCCGAUGGGAAACCUCAAGGUUCUAAGUUUGAAGGCAUCGUCCCUGCCAACAUCUCUUGCUUCUCUCAUAAAUCUUCAAACGUUAUGCUUGGAUUAUGGCAGAUUUGCAGAUAUAAAAAUCAUUGGAGAGUUGAGAGAACUAAAGAUUCUUAGCUUGCGAAGUUGUAAGAUUGAACAAUUGGCUGAAGAAAUAAGUAAAUUGACGCAAUUGAGGUUAUUAGAUUUAACUGAUUGUUGGAUAUUAAGCGUUAUGGUACCGAAUGUUUUAUCAAGCUUAUCCCAAUUGGAAGAGUUGUAUAUGAGCAGACUCUAUAUUUCAUUGAAUCUUGAAAUACCUAAGUUGCAACAUUUGUCUCAAUUGACAACUUUAGAAAUAGAUGUUUCAGAUGAUCAAAUUUUGCCAGAAGACUUCUUCGCCAAAAAGUUGGAAAGGUACAAAAUAUCAAUUGGAAAUGGGGCUACUUAUUUUGGUAGGUCCUGCACAUAUGGUGACAGGAAAAGCAUGUUUCUUGAAAGCUAUUCCAGAAAUAGGCCUGCUGCAUUAACAAUGCUGAAACUAAAUCUUAAUUCUUUCAUCUGGCAAGAGGAAUUGCAGUUGUUAUCGAAUGUUGAAUUCUUAUGCUUAGAGAAAUUGCAGGGUAUCAAAAAUGAUCUCUCUGAAUUAGACAAGAACGGUUUUUCUCAAUUAAAAUAUCUCUCUGUCCAUGAUAAUCCAAACAUCUUGUGCAUUGUUGACUCAACAAAGUGCAUAUCUCAUGAUGUCUUUCCACACCUGGGGUCUCUGAUUAUUUUCAACUUGAUUAACUUGGAAAAGAUAUGUUAUGGUCUACCCUCAACAAAGUCUUUCUACUACUUAAAAUUUAUAGAAGUGAAAAGCUGUGAUAAGUUGGAAAAUAUCUUCUCAUUCUUCGAUGCUAGCAGAAGCCUUCCACAACUUCAAUUAAUUAAGGUGGAAGAUUGCAAGAAUUUGACUGAGAUUUUUGCUGUUGAAAGUAAAAAUAGAGUAGACAAGAAUGAGGUAAUUGAUAAGAUUGAAUCUUGUCAAUUACGCUUCUUGACUUUGAUUAAUCUUCCAAGGAUUGCAAGUUUCUACUCAAAUGCAAAUAAAGUUUCAACAUUGCAAAAGACACCGAAAAAAUUGACAAUUAAUUUGGAGUCCAAUGAUAUCAAUUCGGAGGAUGAGGAAAUUGAUACUGUCAUACCAUUUUUUAACCAAAAGGUUGUUUUUCCUUAUUUGGAAGAAUUAGAGCUUGGAGCAACUAAUUUUGAGAAGAUUUGGGACAACAAACUUCCAACAACCUCUCGUUGCUAUCAGGAUUUGAAAAAAUUGAUUGUGGAUGGCUGUCAAAAACUAAAAUUUGUAUUUCCAUCAUCUAUAAUCAAAAGCUUUGAGCAGCUUCAACACCUUGAGAUAAGUUAUUGUAAGGAAUUAAAGGAGAUUGUUGCCAAAGAAGAAAUAGAGGGUACUACUACAUUUAUCUUUCCGAGGGUAGCCUUUUUGAAACUCAAAAAAUUGCCAAAGCUUACAGCUUUCUACCAUGGUAGACACAUUUCAAAGUGGCCCAUGUUAAAGGAGUUGAAGGUGGUUAAUUGUGACAAACUAGACAUGUUUACUUCUGAAUAUAAGGUUGAUGUCCCCAAUUUGGAGAUCUUAGAACUGCGUUCAGUCAAUUGUGAAAUACUCUGGGAUAGUCAACUUGUGGCAAUUUCUUCUUGCUAUCAAAACUUGACACGCGUGAUCCUAGAUGGUUGUGAAAAACUAAAAUAUGUAUUUUUAUCAUCCAUGGUGAAAAGCUUUGAGCGGCUUGAACACAUUGAGAUAUGCAAUUGUAGUGUUUUGAAGGAGAUUAUUUCAAAAGGAGUGGAAGCAAGCAAGACAUUUGUAUUUCCACGAGUAACCUUCCUAAAAUUGGAGAAUUUGCCCGAACUUGCAACUUUCUAUCCUGGAGUACACACUUCUGAAUGGCCUAUGUUAAAGGAGUUGGAGGUGUGUAAUUGUGACAAAAUAAAAAUAUUCACUUCAGAAUAUAUGAGCUUCCAUGAUAAUAAUGAGGGUCAACAUGAUAUUUGGGAGAAACAAUCCCUCUUCUCGGUGGAAAAGAUUGACCUCAAAUUGGAGAAAUUUACCCUAAGCAGAGUGGAUGACAUGAUAACAUUGCUGCAUCAGUUUCCAGAAAACUUUGGUAGAUGUACAAUUGAGAUCAAACAGGAUAAAUCUAUCAAUAUUUCAGUUGGCAUCCUUCAGAGAUCGGUUAAGCUGGAAAACCUCACACUGAGUGACUGUUCAUAUGAAGAGAUAUUUACAAGUGGAGAGGAUGAGAAACAUACAAAGAUCUUGAUACAAAUAAAAAGUUUGGAGUUGCAUAAUCUUUCUGAUGCAAAGCACCUUUGGGGAAAAGGCUUCAAACUAGACUCUCUUCUUCAAAAUCUUGAAGUUCUAGAAGUCAAUAAUUGUCAUAGAAUGAUAAAUGUUCUGCCAUCCUCAGAAUCUUUUGAGAAUCUAACAGUUCUGGAUGUAUGGGAGUGUUAUGGAUUGAUGAACUUACUCACACCUUCAAUGGCAAAAAAAUUGGUGCAGUUGAGAGAAAUUAAAAUUCAAAGGUGCAGAAUAAUGACAGAAAUAGUAUCAAAUAAGACAGGUGUAACAGAAGAAGAUGAAAUUGUUUUUGGCAACCUGAAGUUGUUGUCACUUAAAUACUUAGAAAGUCUCACAUGUUUCUGCUCUGGGAAUUAUGCAUUGAAAUUCCCAUUUUUGAAAGAAUUGAUUGUGUGUGAUUGUCCUCAGAUGAAGACUUUCUCUGUAGGAGACUUAAACACACCAAGUUUACAGGAAGUUCAACGUAAUAGGUGGGAUAUAUACAAAUGGGCUUGCGAGGAUGACCUAAAUGCAAUUAUACAACGAUGGUACGAAAGAGAGAUUAACGCAGAGUUGGAGGAAUUGACACUAAGUGGAAAAGACGUCGCACUUAUAUGGCAAGAUGAGCUUCUAGAACGUCAGUUUUCCAAAGUAAAAAUUUUUAAGAUCAUUAAAGAUGAAUCAUCUGACAUUCCAAUUGGAAUCCUUCAGAGAUUUAACAAUCUCAAAGAACUUAUAUUGCAAUCGAGUUCAUAUAAAGAGAUGCUCUCAUGUGAAAAAGACGAGAAACGUGUAAGCAUGCUAACACAAAUAAAGAAACUAGAGCUAUCUGGGCUGUUCAAUUUGGAGUACAUGUGGAAAGAAAAAUCUCAUCUGGACUCAAUUCUUCAAAAUCUUGAAAUGUUGGAUGUAAAUUUUUGCCACAAUUUGAUUAGUAUAGUGCCAUCUUCAGCAACGUUUGAAAAUCUCAUAACUCUAGAAGUAUGCUACUGUGAUAGAUUGAUAAACUUAGUAUCAGCUUCAACAGCCAAAAGUCUGGUGCGACUCGAACAACUGCAUUUGUCACAAUGUAAAAUGAUGGUAGAAGUAGUAUCAAGUGAGGGGGGUACAAAAGCUGAGGAAAUUGUUUUUGACAAAUUAAAGCUGUUGUUGCUUGAUAAUUUAAAAAGUCUCAGAAGCUUCAGCUCCGGGAAUUAUGUCUUCAAAUUUCCAGCUUUGGAAGAAUUGAAAAUUUGCAAAUGCCCCAAUCUGGAUUUGAAGACUUUCUUUGAAGGAGUCUCAAGUGAACUAAGUUUACGAAAAGGACAACAAAAAUUAGUUGUCAAACGUAGUUAUUUGGAGUAUCACCCUACUGAUUAUAGUGUUUUGCAGAAUCACCUUGAUCCUUGGGGGUGUGAGCCUAAUGCUUAUUGUUUUUCGGCGGAGGACCCUCGUGCUUGUAACGUUAUGUGAUAUAAAGGUCUUGGCUAGCCUUGGCUUGUGUCUUGGGUUGUCCUUCUUGUCGAGAAGGAUGAGUGUAGUUGAAAGACCACCAGAUCCUAUCUUUCCUAGUUAAUGUCAAAAAGGAGAAACAAAUACAACUGAAUAUUCAGAGUUCUGGAAGGAUACAGAGCAAACUUUAAUGAAAUCUCUGGAAUAAGGCUCUUUUGUUUGUGGUUUGUAAGGCAUUAUUCCGGCUCAAGUUUCUUGUGUUGAGGCCCAAAGGAGCCAAUACAGAAAGCAGCCCAGGGGGUAUGGAUAAUAGCCCAGCUGAGAGCAAAAGUAAAGACCAAAUGGAUGAGGGCAGUUUGGACAGUGCACCCAGGCAGCUGAAAUUAGUUGAAGCCUCUUUUCUAGAAUUCAGAGAGGAGUCUUCAGUGGUGGGGUCCAUUGACGGUUAGGAGGCGGCACAUAUAAUGGGAAAAGCAUGGAUGAGGAGCAGAUUAUUAUGGAUGUUAUUUUUUAGUAGCUGAGCAGAUUUGGAGAGGGCUGGCUCUCGGAACCCAGCAUCCCUUUAGUUUAUUUUCAUUGUUUGUUAUUGUUUUUGUUGUUGCUUUGUGGAGGUACUUGUUGGUUUUGCUGUUGAACUUAUCAUUGAAGAUUGGGCAAGUUACUGAAAUUAUUGUUUCAUCAUGGACAUGGAAUGAAUUAGUAAACUCUGCUUGAUUUUUACUCAAUAGAAAUCUUUUCACUUACAUUUAUGUGUUACAUGCAAAUGAGAAUGAAGAAAUAGUCCUGACUGUUCCUUUCGUUGCUUGGCUGUGAAUGAAUGUUUGGGAGACUAUUGAGUUGAGUUGUUGUUGGAGAGACCCUAGAACACUGAAACUGCAGGAGGAGGCUGUAUCUCGGAAAUUGCUGGAGGAGCUGCUGUGAAUUGCUGGAACCUUCAGUCAGCUGGAUAAUUGGCCAUUCUUACUGGUCUGUGACAGUGUGGUAAUAGCAAUUCUGGAAUCAUCCUUUCUGUCGCAAAGCUCUGUCCUGGCCAUGCAGUUUUAUCAUUUCUUGGCAAGCUAUCAAAAUGGGAAGUUUGUGCUUGCAUACUGCAAGUUUCCUUCAUUGAUUUAUUGGAACUUGCAAAGGCAUUUCUGUCCAAGGUCAAAUAUCAGAGCCAAGUUCAAAAUCAAUUUCAAUUGAUAUUUUUGUUUAUCUUGUCCGGCUUCUGGUUCCAGGUGUUCUGCGCCAGGAUAUAUUGUGGAUCCUCUGCUUCCUUGGUUCCCUGUAGUGUCCUGUCUUUACAGAACCAACCUCUGCAAUUGCUUACCUGCUAUGCUUGUCAUGGGAUUACGUCUGCUGUAGGUUUCUUCUGCAGGAUCCAAUCCCAGAUUUUCUCUGCUUCUCUGCCCAGAAUUUCUGUCCAGAUACUCUCCUGCUUUCUCUGGUCGAAUGUAGCAGCUCAAAGUUCAUGCUUCCUGGUUUUCACUGCAAUAGAAUCCUGCCUUCCUUCUACUGCAGUCUGUUCCAGAUUUUAUUCUUCUGCAGUGCUCCAGUCUGCAUGACUGAAUUUAUUCUUCUGCUGCCUUCCCUCUACUGCUUGCUGGGUUCUACCAUGGAGAUUUAUUUUUGCUGUGUUCCUCUUGUGCUGUCUUUUCUGGAGCUGAAAUCUGCACAACAAAGCUGUCUGUGCAGUUCUCGGAAGAAGCAAGCACUACCAGUCUGUCUGCUACUUUGCCUUUACCGAUUGUGCAACAGUGCAGCCAUUUGGGUGAAAUCCUGCCAAUGUCCAAGCUGCCCAGGAUUAGCAGCAUUGGUCACCUCAUCCUUGCAGUUCUAGUUUUUUUUCCCAGGUGCAACAAUUAGAUAAAAGCAGGCCUUGCUCUGCAGAUUUUCAGUCAGAAGCAGUUCUUGCCCAGGCCAUUCCAGAAUUUUUCCAGGUGCAGAAGUCGGGCAGAAGCUGAUCAAAUUAUGCAGAUUGCGUGCCGGGCUUCUUUCCCCUGUUCCAGCUGCUACUUCGGCCAACUGUGAGACUGCAAUUUUUUUUCUUUUUCUGGAUGUUUGUUGUUCCUCUUAAUCUUUAUCGUUAUAAGAACUUUCAUAGAUUUUCAAGAGAAGAUAAUGUAGCGUGUCUUAACUCUUCUUGUGGAGGCCUCAACUAGCCUAACUGCAAUUUUUUUUCUUUUUCUGGA